AUGCGCUUGUUCGGUAUUGAAAAGCGUGAGGAUGCCGGGCCGCAGACUGAAGCUGAAGCGCCGCAGUCUGCCAGGUCGGCACGUUCAGGCGAGUCUCCUAGCCAAUCCUCAAAUGGCGGGGACAGCCAGUCUUUCGGUCAGAUGAAGCUGGUGAUCAAGAACACCUUCAUAGGUGGAUAUGAGGAGAAUGCAGACGAUGAUCCACCGCGAACACUAGCACGGUCUGCCAGUGACAGCAAGCUUGACUGCACAUCGAGUGCCAGCUCCGUGCUUUUCUGGUAUCCGCAGCGUGGAGGCGGCUCAAUGAGUCGCUCAAACUCAAGCGUUAUGUCCAGGAGUGACGCGGAGGAUCUGGAUGACAGUGAGCUGAUUGAGCAUGGUCCAGCCGGGCCCUACCACAUGGUGUACGGCAGAAGCCGGGCCGCGGAGGGAUCCGGACGACAGACUGGCGCUAGGGCGGCACAGGAUUCCUAUCCGCAACUACCAAGGUACACGGGAGACCAGAGACCACUGGACCUGCUCAAGAUGCCGAAUCAGAUGCCUUCGCCUGAGGGCAUGGCAGCUGUUCAGCACGAUGCCUUGCCACCCAUGGAGCAUCAGCUUCCACAGAGACCACCUGGAAAUUUUUUCGGCGCGACCUCAAUACCGCGACCACCGGGCAUGUUUGAUGGCUCGCCGCUUCAAGCGGAUCAGCCAAGCCACUUCCAAAAUGGAGUGAAUGUGCGGCAGGCAAAUUUUGCUUCGAGCGACCUGAAAAUUCCAGCAUCCGGGUUCUCAGAAGAGCCUGGACAAGAAGGGAGCGGACUCUUGGACAUGCAGCUGCUGAAGAUGCAGGCUGAGCUUGCCGAGAUCACGGCACAGCGAGCAAGUUCCGUCCAGAAGCAGCCGCAAGAACAGCUGGCCCAAUUGCAGAUGCAGCAGCAACAGCUGCAGUUGCAAAUGCCGCCAAUGUCCUCAACAUCCGAUGCCCCCUUCCCCAUGCCGAGCUUCCAGACGCCGAAGUCAGAGUUCAUUGCCCAGGUCGAUUCUGCACCGGCCAGCGAUCUGCACCAAAUGCAACAAGGGCUGCCAGGCUCAGCAUCAUCUGGAAAUAUGGUGCAACAUCAGCUUCAGCAGCAGCUCCUUGAGUCGCAGAUGCAGCAGCUGCAGUUGCAGCAGCAGAUGCAGCAGCUCCAGCUUCAGACACAGCGACUGCAGCAACAGCUGGCCGGGCAGCAGACUCCGAGUGUUCAGCCGUCAGACGAAGACGCGCUUCUUUCCCAAAUUCCAUUCAACGAUGAAGGUGAACGUGCUUCCCUUGGGAGCAGGUUACAUCCAGAUAACUGCAAUCCGUGCAUAUUCUGGUUCAAGGAUAAGACCUUCUGCAACAAGGGCAUUAUGUGCGAUUUUUGCCACUUCCGCCACCCAGGCCAGAAGAACAAAAGGAUUCGACCCUCGAAGAACACGCGCCUGCAGAUGCGAGCAGCACAAGCUGCGCGUGCUGCCGCAGAUAUCCCAGUGCCAAACCUGGCAUAG